CAGACCAGCCCGCCUCACCUCACUGUCCUCUCCCUCCGCUCCCGGUGUCCACACACAAAUCUGACCGCGGAUCAGCUCACUCGGGCUCCCUCCACACUACGAGUCACACCAACUGGGACUCAGACCAGAGGAAAUCGUGUUCGUCGGCAGCCAAGUCCGCACGCCAAGACACAUCCAUAGCAGAGCACGGCGAGGGAACGGACGGUGUGAUAAGACGGGGACUGAGAUCCAGGGAAAAGGCUGCUGGUAGGAACAACAGCGGGGGUUUAACGCACAUUUAGCGGCGACACGAGAGAGGACUGCCCGGCCCCGCAGAAGGAGAAGUAUCACACGAAGCUAAUUUCCAACGUUUUCUAUUAUUGGCAGCAGAGUGAGCUCCUCGAGCCACAUUUAUAAAGAGAGCUAGCGGAAUGUAAUGCUAGCAAGCUAGCUAAUGUUAGCUAGCUAAUUAGCUUGUCAGGCAUCCAAGAGUCGGACGUGUGGUCUUUAUUAAAAUAGGUCACUGUUUGGCGUCGUUUGACUUUUGUUUUUUGGGAAAAGGCUGUACUUAAUGUGCUUUGUCCUGAAGUCUGGCAUAAUGCUCUGCCUCGAAUAGCUAACGCCAAGUUAAGACAAUAAACAGCACAAGCUGAAUGUAUUGAUGAAAAGCAGCUCAAUAUUAUCCGUCUACGCUUUUUUGGGAAACCCAUUGUGAAUAUCGAGCCGUGGACAAAUCAAACGGAGCGGGGUAGAGAAACAGACUUUUGACUGGUGACUGUCUGCCGUCCAAUGUUAAUGUCGACCGACGUUGCAUCUAUAAUGCUACCCGUUAGUCGGGGAAUAAUGGAAAGAGACAUUGAUACAGCAGCCGGACCGCUCGCGAACGCGGCCGGGGGUCCAGCAGCUGUCCGCGGGAUGAAGCGAGGAGACCCGGAGCCCGACGCUCAGACAGCCGCUGCCCUGACUGACUUAGCCGGGGCGGAGUGCAAAAGACCAAGGAUAGACGGCACCGGGAGUGUUGUUGGUGACAUUGGGCAGAACAAUGAGCCUUUAAACCCCGGUUUCCAUGGAUACCCACCUCACAGUCAGGGCUCUCAGGAUUCGACAGGAGGACAGGAGGGAUUGGUGGCCCCGCCCUUUUCAGCGUUCCCCCCUCCACCCCCUCCUCAAAACGGGCUUCCAGGGACGGAGUUUGGCCCCGGGGCCAUGUUUGGUGCUGGGGGCCAAGGCACAGCAGAGGUAGGGGCUGGUGCUAACGGAGCCACCACCACUACCACCACCAACAACAAUGGAAAGACAGAGGAGGCGUCCCAGGGUGAGGCGGGUGUACAGUGCGGCACAGGAGGCACAGGAGCAGGAGGCUCUGUGGGAGACCCGUCUGAAGCCAAAGGGACCCCGAAACGCCUCCACGUCUCAAACAUCCCCUUCCGCUUCCGGGACCCUGACCUCAGACAGAUGUUUGGGCAAUAUGGGAAGAUUCUGGAUGUGGAGAUUAUUUUCAACGAGAGGGGCUCAAAGGGUUUUGGCUUUGUGACAUUUGAGACCAGCGCAGACGCAGAGAAAGCCAGGGAAAAGCUCCACGGCACACUGGUGGAAGGUCGUAAGAUUGAGGUGAAUAAUGCCACCGCCAGGGUGAUGACCAACAAGAAAAUGGUCAGCCCCUACCCUAACGGAGAGGCUCUCAGCACACUGCCUUAUGCGGGGUGGAAACUGAGUCCGAUGGUGGGGGCCGUGUACGGACCGGAGCUCUACGCAGUCCCAGGGUUUCCCUACCCUUCAGCAGCAGCAGCAGCCACUACAGCGGCAGCAGCGUUCCGCGGCGCCCACCUCAGGGGUCGAGGCCGGCCCGUCUACAGCGCCGUGCGGGCUGCCGUGCCUCAGCCCGCCAUCCCCGCCUACCCCGGACUAGUGUUUCAGGACUCAGUCCUUAGUCCCAGAUUGCCUCAGGGAGGCUACCCUGCUGCUGCUGCCGCCGCCGCUGCUUAUCGCUACGCCCAGCCCGCGGCCGUAACCGGAGCAACCGCCGCAGCUGCUGCCUACAGUGACAGUUAUGGCCGCGUGUACACUACAGAUCCCUACCACGCUUUAACUCCAGCUGCUGCUGCUUACGGAGUCGGAGCCAUGGCCAGUUUAUACCGGGCAGGAUACAGUAGGUUCGCUCCUUACUAAAACCACAAAUCACACCCGAGGAAUUUCACAUCGCUCCAAAACCCUUUUUCAAGCUCUUUGUUUGGCAGCAGCUCCCCUCCAUUUUUCUGCAGGCGGACUCUAGUGACAACUCAUGUGUUUUGUUUUUUCCUUUUUCUCUUUUCUUUUUUCGUCCGUGGCGAGAGAGGUCAUUCGCCACAUCAUCAACUCAAACUCUGUUUCUGUACUCUUCUGUCUGUCGCUGACACGGAAACAAUGACUAAACUGCCAGGAGUGUCUCCCACUUGAAAAAGCCGGAGCCUGCUACUUUGAACCACGGGGCACAAUUUAGGACGGUUUUUAAAACACUACGGGACCUGGAGGGAGAGCGACUGCUGUUCCUGUGUGACACCUUUUUUUUUUUUUUCUCCUUCUGAACUUACAGUAUAUCCACUGCCCUGUAAAACCUAAUCAGACAUGUACACACACUUUCAACACCAAGUAUACGGCUUCCUCUACGUUCUCCUCUAGUGACGGCCUGCACAGAUUGAUGCCACAGCACAGCGUUACUAUAAAAGGUACUCAUGUUUUUAAACACUACAUUGACGUGAAGCUGCAGCAGAGACGUCCCUCUGGUUCAGCGUCACGGUGUAAUAAUGAAACUCGGACUGCUCGACACAGAAGAUGUAGGAAUUAUUAUGUUGUUUUGUAAAGCUGGAACGUUCAGCCUCUGACUGACAGAAACCACUGUUGUCCUGGCAACAAGAACCACAGCAUGGGAAAACUCUCUUUUUGUCAUUUUUCCAACAUUUCACUACUUCCCCCCCGAAUAAAAGGAAACACACAAAAAAAAGAAUUAAAAAAAAACGACAAGGAAAAAAAACAAGUGACUUUUUUCUGCAUUACCUCAGUUUUUCUCUCACGUAUUUAGUUUUGCUGCCAUUGAUAAGAAUUUGCAUAGAACUGUCGUCAUAUAUAACGUGGACGCGUUCGGCGACGGAGCCAUUCUUUUGUCCUUAUUGCUGGUCGACACAUUUAUUACUGUAACUGCAAACACUAAGACGGGACGUGGAUUCAGUUUGACCCUGUGUCCAUUUUGAGAAUCCAGCGCACCUCCCCUCCCCUCUCAUCGUUGAUCUGCUCUCGGCACUUCUUCCAAAAAAGGACUCGGCCCAUUUCUCUCUGUCUCCCUUAAAACCGUCAGACAUUCCAGCUGCAGCGGCGAUGCGGCGAGUGAACGGGUCAGAUGGACAAAAGAACCCAUCGAACACAAAUGAACUAGAUUUGAAGCGGGAACACCCACACGGGAAGCUAAUCAUCUGCCAGUCAGCCAAAUGGGAAUCCCUCCUGGCCAAUUGAGAUAUAUAUUCUGCCUCCAGGCUUCGGGCUGCUCUGUGCGUGGAAACGUUGUCUGAUCUCAGCUCAGCUCAGCGGAGCGGCAGAUCCCAGCAGAACAGCCCAGAUUAGAACACAUUUGAAACAGAGAGAUCGUAAUGGUGAAGUAAUGAGAGUUUAUCUAUUUAUAUUCAAUCAUUUUUAACGUGUCUGCAUCAUUUUGUAAUUUUAAAUCCUUCAUUAUUCUCUCUGGGAUUGAAUAGUUUUAAAGUUCUCCAUAUCAGUCCGUGUGGAGGCGUCAUCAAAUAACUUACACACCAAGUCUCUGUCCUGUAUGUAUCACGUCUCCAUAUACUCUCACUAUGUUGUUAUUGCUAUUAUUUGCCUUUUUGGUUCCAAAGAUUUUCUGAAGAAAGCCCUUUUUUUUUGGUCCUGAUGUAUUUCUUACUUUUGUGACUUUUUUGUUGCCUUUACUUUGUUGUGUGGUUUUUUUUUUUAUCUGUGGGUUGUGUUUUUCAGUGCAGUGUUGAAACGGCGCCCUGGGAUAUGUCAUUAAAGCAGCGUCUACAAAAAAAAAGAGAACACAUUUGAAAGGUUGCAGCAAUUUUGGGACAAACACAAAAACAACCCUGUAAAAUUCACACACUAAUUUAUUGGAUUUUUUUUUUUUUUUUUUUAAUAACACGUGAAAGUGUGGACGUGGAGGUGUUUGCUGCACACGGGGGGAAUCAGAGCAGAUGGAGUCAUGAGGGAUAUGCAGAAAGACAGAGCGGAUAUUUUGAAUUACAUUUGCCAUUAGGGCCAAAUUACAGGCGAAGACAAGGGAGGGGAAGCGUCCACACAAUGUCGAAGGCGCCCUGUGGCCCAGCAGCGGCCAGCUUGUGAACAAUGAAACAGUGUGUGGGUGGUUAGUGGGGGGACAUUGUGGCGGUGAUGGUGAAGGUGAGGAGCUGAGCCAUUAAUCAUGAGCUGACAGGAUAACAACGUCCCCUGCUGUCUUUUCUUCUUCUUUUUUAAUUUUUCAGGGGGUACAGUGCGCUCAGGGCGGAGCGGACAGUGCGAGGCGGGUGAUGUUGUUUUUGUAUGAUUGUGAAAAAUGUGUGCAGUAGGUCCAAUGAGUAUUUUUGACGCGCGUUACCUCUUUUUUUUUUUUUUUUGUCUUAUUAUUCCUUACAAGUAUUAUCAGAAGUGUUGCUAUGCAUGCUUUUGUGAGAGAGGAAGGGCGUCAGUCAGAUUUCAUUUGUGCAUGAAUUCAAAUCAUAGUGCUGGAGGAGGAAGAUCAGGAUGGACGGGGGUGUUUACAAAGCAGGAGAAAGAAAGAGACGCGGAUGUUAUGUGAUGCGAGGCAACAGGAGUGACGAGGAAUCUCAGCGAAGGUCCGGUAGAGUCUCAGUGUGGGGAGGGGGAGAAGCAAGUGGCCCGCAGUCGCUUUAUGGAAGCCGAUUCGGUCCGCUUCAAUAAUCUGGGUUAUCGCUGCUCUGUGCCUCUGCGGUCGCCGUGGUAAUCACCAGCCAUAUCAGAUGCGUAAAGUUUAAUUUGGUAUGUCUACACCCCUGUGGUUUGCUUUUAUAAUGAAAAUAAAUCUCAGAAACGAUAACAUUAACGACACAGGCCCACCUAAUGAUGAGUCAGCUUUAAAGAGACACUUCACCCACAGGAUGAUCAUUUGUAGAUCAGUUACUCACACCGUGUUACAUCGAAUUCGGGAAGAAAACUUUGUUUUUCUUGCAUGCCUCCACAGUAGAGUUGCAACGAUUUAUGGAUUAGUUGUCGACUAAUAAAAUUAACAAAGUCGAUUAAUCACCUUGAGUAAUUUUUUAAAGAAUAAAUAAGCAAAAUUCUCAGAUUCCGUCGUCUUAAAUGUGAAUAUUUAUUGUUUAUCUUUGGAUUUUGGACAAAACUAAUCAGUUGAGGACGUCAUCUUGGACUUUGAGAAACACCGGCAGACAUUUUAUAGCACAAACAACCAAUUUCGAUAGUGAAUUAACUGCUUUGAGUAAUUUUUUAGGGACAAAAAAAUAAAAAUUAUCUGAUUCCAGCUUCUUAAAUACGAAUAUUUUCUGGUUUCUUUGCUAAUCUGUGGCAGUAAACUGAGUAUCUUUGGGUUUUCGACAAAACGAAUCAUUUGAGGUCGUCAUCUUGAGAAACACAAAUGGACAUUUUCCACUGUUUUCUGCCAUUUUAUAGACCAAACAACUAAUUGAAUAAUUGCUUAAAUAAUAAACUAAUAAAUCAAACAAUGAAAAUGAUCACUACUUGCAGCCGUAGUAUGUGGUGAAGGAAGAAUCCAAAAACUGAGAAGGUGAUUGAUGAUAGAGCUCAUGGGGUCCAUGUUUACCAACAGUAAAACUAUAUCAAAAAUCAGUUCAUAAACUCUCACAGAACUUGUGAAGUAUAAUCCAAGUCUCAUUUAUCCAGUCGUACGCUCAGCACUUCCCAAACCGACAACCCUGAUCUGACAGGGAGCUGACGGAAAAGUGAAACUCAUCUAUGCUCUCUUCAAAGUCAGACUCCAUUGACAAAAUCAGUAAUUUUACCUCACUGAACACAGGAGCAGCUGGUCUACCACUGCCUUGAUUGAUUUGUUUGUUUGUGUUAUUGUGACUUUGAUGAAUCGGAACUAACUCUGUAAAGCACCGGAUUCACACAGUAACACAGACAAACCAGCCGAUUGAGGCAGUGGUAGACCAGCAGCUCCCUUAUUUUAGCAAGGUUAAAUUAGUGAUUUUGUCAAUGGAGUCUGGCUUUGAAGAGUUGAGUUCAGUUCCUCAUAGGAAAGGGCUCUCUGUUUUGGCUUUCUCAAGUACUGAGUGUACGACUGGAUAGAUGAGACGUGGAUUAUACUGCAGGAGUUCUGUGAGAGUUUGUAAAUGGAUGUUUUGAUGUAGUUUUGCUGUUGUUAAACGUGGCCCCCUAUGACUUCAAUUCAUCACAAAAUGUCUUUGUUUGUUCACUGCGGGGACAAGCGAGAAAAACAGUGUUUUCUUCCCAAAUUCAACACAACACAUGGUGAGUAAUUGAUCUACAAAUAAUUACUCAGUGGGUGAAGUGUUCCUUUAAGAUGUUGUAAGGCUGGUGAUGUGGCAGCAGCUGCUACAGUGUAUUGUAGUAUGUACCUGCCCACAGAGAUGCUCAUUCAGCUUGUAUUGAGGUGGUGUAAAUGUUAUUGAGCAGCCACCGUGGUGCAGCUGCAGUGACUCCUGCGGGUCGCCUCUGCUUGUUUUUGUCUCUUCUAAUUGGAGUAAAUCUCAUUUGGAAGGCUGCAGAAAUGAGCGCAGAGCCGCGCUGGAGCAGACACACAAGUUCUCCUCAGCCGCUGACCCCGACUCCCCUGCACUGUGCUCGAGUCAACCCAGUGGGAGGUUUUUUUUUCCUUUGUACAGGGAUUUCAUAAAUGAGUUUGAAUUGCAUGUGGAUUUUUUUAAUGUCACAUGCUCUUAAAAGCUCAUUUAUCCAAGUGAUUUUUUUUUUCAAUAAGUGACAUGUAUUUUCUCACAAUGUUUUAUUUUGCCAUCCUUGUGUCUGCCUUCUGUUUAUUCUCUUCAUUAUUAUUGAAUGUAUAUAAUAAAUAAACUGUUUGGUUUUU